AUGGAAUCCAAACUCCACCAGCGGUCAAGCCAGUCCUCGGUGGAGAGAAAUGAGAUUCGAGACGGCGAUGCCAGGAUUCCCAGUGCAGAUGUCGCGCACAUAGCGAACCCAGCCCAAGCAGCCUUCUUCGCCGACUUUGCGGGAAGAGAUUCGGAAUGGACGGCAUACCAGAACAAGAAGCUCGUCCGCAAGGUCGAUUUUCGUCUGUUGCCGCUGUUGAUUGUGAUGUAUACGCUGAACUUCCUCGACCGGAGUAAUCUUUCACAGGCGAGAGAGGGUACGCUGGAGGCCGAUUUACGAAUGAAAGGCACAGAUUUCAACUUGGCCACCAGCGUUUUCUUCAUUGGUUACCUGGUCAUGCAACUGCCCUCAAAUAUGCUCAUCACGAGAGUCAGACCCUCCUUCUACCUGGCGAGUGCAGUGACGGUGUGGGGAGUUGUCUCGACUUGCAACGCCGCUACCCGGAACUUCACGGACCUCGUGGCGGUGAGAUUCUUCCUCGGGUUCGUAGAAGCUCCUUUCUUCCCUGGAGCCAUCUUUCUCAUGUCCUCCUGGUACACGCGUGCGGAGUUGACACAACGCGUCGCGUGGUUCUACUCUGGAAAUGCUUUGGCCAAUAUGCUCGGUGGUCUUAUUGCGGCUGGGGUGCUAAAUAACUUGGAUGGGAGUUUGGGAAYAGCUGGGUGGCGCUGGCUGUUCAUAAUAGAGGGAUCUGUUACGAUCGCUCUCGGCCUGGUCUCCGGUUUCAUCCUACCCGAUUACCCGGCCACAACAACUUGGCUCUCAGAAGAAGAACGUGCUUUUGCUACGUGGAGACUGCUUGAGGAUAUUAACGAGUCCGAUGACGCGCAUGCCACUACCAUCUGGCAUGGGAUCAAGCUUGCUUUGACGGACUACCGCGUCUACGUCUUUGUUCUGUUCCAACAUCUAAGUCUUCUAUCAUCGUCAUUUCAAUAUUUCUUCCCCAGUAUUGUGGGAACCUUGGGAUAUGGACAUAUCGUUACGCUUCUACUCACCGUUCCAGUCUGGGCGUUCACCUUCCUGGUCUCGAUCGGAGUCACCUUCACCGCCGCAAAGACACGAGACCGUUCUCUCCACAUCUGUGGCUUGAUGCUCAUUGCAGCCAUUGGGAAUGCAAUCGUGGCAGGCACCACAAACACCGGGGUUCGAUAUUUUGCCAUGUACCUUUUGCCUGCGGGCUCAAUAUCUGCCUACACAGUGAUCGUUCCUUGGGUUGCAAAUUCCUUCCCGAGACCGCUGGUCAAGCGUUCGGCUUGCGUGGCGAUUGCAAAUGCCAUAGGGAAUACAGCGAGCGUCUACGGAAGCUACAUGUAUCCAUCCUCGGACGCACCGCGGUACAUCCCUGGAGAGAGUGCCAAUGCAGCCAUUUGUGUCUGCGUCGCGGUCCUCGCUCUAGUGCUUCGCGUUAUUCAUCAAAGAGAAAACAAGAAGCUUGAAGAAACAGAAGCAGAGAGCAUGCAGGGAGACACUUCAGAAGCGCGAGCAGGAGUCAUGAAGAUAUCUGGAUUCAGGUAUGUAUACUAG